GUAGUUCACUUGUACUGACGUAACGUCAACAACACUACAAAAAAAUCCGUCAAAAUGUCGCUCUGAGAAGACGGUGUAGAAUAAAACAACUCGUUAUUUCAUUAUAGUGUAUAUUUGAGCAUGUAUUAUAUUUAAAAGUGUAAAUAUUCACAUUAAUUUCGGCAAAAAUGUCACGACACCGCGAUGUCCGAAAUAUGGACUACACAGAAGAUUACGACGGUUACGAUGAUGUUUAUGGACAUUCUGUUGAUGAUGAUUACUAUAUUUCACCAAGUAACAGGCAGUUUAUUUUUAAUCGAGAAAAUUCAAGAGAUCAGCCGAAAAUAGGAGAAUUUAUUCGUACUGAACAAGAUAUUCAAGAGGAAGAUGAGUCAGAGUUGGCGACCGAUUUAUCAGAUUUAGAUAAAGCGAGAUUAGAAUCGUGCAUAGAACAAAUUAAAAAUACUUUAGGACCACUAACUAUUUCAAAAAACGAAUUGGCAAACAUUGUAAUUUCAAACAGUUAUGACGUUGAGAAGGCCACCAAUACUAUACUUGACAUGAAAAAUGUGCAGACAGAACGUAAGGAGAAAGUACCCAGCAUAAAAGUGGUGGCAUCUGGUGGAAAGACAACUACAAACGUAACGAAGGGUUUCGAUAUAAGUCAGAAAGACACUGUAAAACUCAACACAACCCCACGUUCUCAAUCACCUGCUUCUGGUAGAGGCACACCCGUAAUUUCUCAAACUGAAGCAGUUUCGGAAGAUUCGAAAGUUGGCAAGACCAAAGAAAAUAAAAUCGACAUCGAAACUCAGUAUAAGAAAGAACGAGGAGAAUCAAAAGAACACUUAUACAUGGUGGUGAUAGGACAUGUGGAUGCUGGAAAAUCAACGCUAAUGGGACAUCUGUUAUACGACUUAGGACAGGUCAACCAAAAAACAAUGCAUAAGUACGAACAGGAAAGCAGAAAGCUGGGAAAGCAAAGUUUCAUGUAUGCCUGGGUUCUGGAUGAAACUGGAGAAGAGAGGAAUAGAGGUAUUACAAUGGAUGUUGGUCGCUCUCAAUUCGAGACAAAGACCAAACACGUAACUCUAUUGGACGCUCCUGGUCAUAAAGAUUUUAUACCUAAUAUGAUAUCAGGGGCAGGACAAGCUGAUGUGGCAUUAUUAGUAGUUGAUGCGACUAGAGGGGAAUUUGAAACUGGCUUUGACUUUGGAGGCCAAACAAGAGAACAUGCUCUUCUUGUCAGAUCUUUGGGCGUUAUUCAAUUAGCCGUGGCCAUCAAUAAACUGGAUACAGUGUCGUGGUCGAAAGAACGGUUUGAUGAGAUUUCCCAAAAACUUAAAACUUUUCUCAGACAAGCUGGAUUCAGAGAAGGAGACGUGACUUUUGUUCCUUGUAGUGGACUGACUGGACAAAAUUUAACGCAGAAGCCGACUGAAAAUGAGUUGCUUACGUGGUAUAGUGGACCAUGCCUAUUGGAAGUGAUUGAUAAUUUUCGCACACCCGAUCGCCCUGUAUCUAAACCAUUUAGACUAUCUGUCAACGACAUAUUUAAGGGUACGGGUUCUGGCUUUUGUGUCUCAGGUAGAGUAGAAACCGGCAGCUUAAACGUUGGAGAUCGAAUUAUGGUGUGUCCAAACCGAGAACUUUCCGUAGUAAAAUCACUCUUUAUCGAAGAUUUAUCUCAAACAGUUGUUUUUGCUGGCGAUCAAGCAACGGUUACAUUGUCCGGCAUAGAAAUGCAAAAUGUUUCUAUCGGAAACGUCCUAUGUGACCCGCAAAAUCCUGUUCAAGUUUCAUCCAAAUUCCAGGCACGAAUUGUUGUUUUCAAUUUGACUAUCCCGAUAACCAAGGGAUUUUCGGUGAUUUUGCAUCAUCAAUCUUUGGUGGAACCCGCUGUUGUCAGGAAGUUGAUAUCUCAAUUGAAUCGCAGCACGGGAGAAGUAGUCAAAAAACAUCCAAGAUUUUUGAGCAACAAUACAAGUGCCAUAGUCGAAAUUCAAGUUUCAAGACCAAUUGCGCUUGAAUUAUACAGUGACUGUAAGGAGUUGGGAAGAUUCAUGUUGAGGGUAGGCGGCGUGACAAUAGCUGCUGGGCUGAUCACGAAGAUUGUAUUGUAAACUUAAGAAAUAAAUGUGCUAACAUUUAAA